AUGUCGUCCUCUGAACAUUCCAACAAAAGUCAACAAGGUCAAGUCAAUGUCAAUAAUAGCUUUGGUGAAGAUAAGGUGAUACCUAUUGAUCAAAACAAUGAUAUCAAUGAAAAAGGUCAACAUCAUUAUGAACAACAACAACAAGAUGUACCCGAUAUGAAAAGCUUGACAGUUGAAGAACUUUAUGACAAGGAAAAGUUUGAUUUAUCUACUAUGGAACCAGGUGAUGUCUAUACUUUGUUACGUACAAAUCCAGAUGGUCUUUCAUCAGAAGAAGCUGCUUCUCGAAUUGAAAAGUUUGGUUACAAUCGACUUGAACACAAAGAAAUAAAUCCUUUUUUACAAUUCCUUGGUUUCAUGUGGAAUCCUUUAUCUUGGGUAAUGGAAGCUGCUGCCAUUGUCGCUAUUGCCUUGUCAAAUGGUGAAAAUGAACCUCCUGAUUGGGAAGAUUUUAUUGGUAUUAUUCUCUUAUUAUUGGCAAAUUCAAUCAUUGGCUUUCUGGAAGAACGACAAGCUGGUAAUGCGGUCAAGGCUCUCAUGGAUUCUCUCGCUCCUGAAUGCAAAGUGAAACGUGAUGGUGAAUGGCGUACAAUGGAAGCUGCUGAAUUAGUCCCUGGUGAUAUUAUUAGCAUCAAAUUAGGUGAUGUUAUUCCAGCUGAUGGACGUUUACUGAAAGCUCAUGGUCAAGUAUCUAUCGAUCAAGCUGCUCUUACUGGUGAAUCCUUACCUGUUGGAAAAGAUACUGGUGAUGAAAUUUUCUCUGGUUCUACUGUAAAACAAGGUGAAGCUGAAGCUGUGGUUAUUGGUACUGGGCUCAACACUUUCUUUGGUCGUGCUGCAAAACUGGUGGGUGAUGCUAAUGAUGGUAUUGGUCAUUUACAACAAAUUUUGGCAAAAAUUGGAAACUUUUGUCUUAUUUCUAUUGGUACCUUUGUCCUCGUGGAAAUUUUAGUCAUGUAUCCAGCCUUCAAAUACAGCUAUAGACGUGGUAUUGACAAUAUCUUGGUCUUGCUCAUUGGUGGUAUUCCUAUUGCUAUGCCAACUGUACUAUCUGUGACUCUUGCUAUUGGUGCCAAACAACUUGCUGAACAUAAAGCUAUUGUUACUCGUAUCACUGCUAUCGAAGAAAUGGCUGCUGUCACUAUUCUUUGUUCUGACAAGACUGGUACCCUUACUUUGAACAAACUGAUUGUAGACAAGCCAACUAUCAAGACAUACAGCGAUUUAACAACGGAUGAUGUGAUUAGAAUUUCUGCAUAUGCCUCACGAACGGAAAAUCAAGACGCCAUUGACUUUUGUAUUGUGAAUUCCUUACCUGAUCCUUCAUUGGCCCGUGACGGAAUAGAAGAAUUGGAUUUUGUACCUUUCAAUCCAGUCAUCAAGCGUACUGAAAUCACUUAUAAGCAAACAUCUGAUGGGAAGGUACUUCGUGCAACCAAGGGAAUGUCUCACUUUAUUUUGGAUCUAUGUACUCGUGACAAAACGGAACAACAAAUUCAAGCUUUGAAUGAUGAUGUGGAUGAAUUUGCUCGACGUGGAUUACGAUCACUUGCUGUUGCUGUGGAUGAAGUACCCUCUGGUGAACCUGAUGGUGAAGGUGUUGGUUUCCGUUUGGUUGGACUUUUACCUAUCUAUGAUCCUCCUCGAUCUGAUACAAAGGAAACCAUUGAUCGUGCUAUUGCUUUAGGUGUACAAGUCAAGAUGAUUACUGGUGAUCAACUGGCUAUUGCAAAAGAAACUGGUCGACGUCUUGGUAUGGGUGACAAUAUGUUUUUAUCAAAAACACUCAAAGAAGGUCCUCCUCCUGGUUCUGGGUAUUCUACUUUGGAUGACAUGGUAUUGGGUGCUGACGGUUUUGCUGGUGUAUAUCCUGAACACAAGUAUGAAAUUGUUGAACGUUUACAAGCCCUUGGCCACAUGACUGCGAUGACUGGUGAUGGCGUGAAUGAUGCACCUGCAUUGUCAAAAUCCAACGUUGGUGUUGCUGUUGCCGAUGCAUCCGAUGCUGCACGCUCUGCAGCAGAUAUUGUUUUGACAGAACCUGGUCUAUCUGUCAUUAUUGAAGCUUUGAUCCACUCUCGCCAAAUUUUUCAACGUAUGCGGAAUUACUCAAUCUAUACCUGUUCUGUCACUAUUCGUGUUGUGGUUGGAUUCGCCAUCAUGUGCUUUGCCUUCCAGUAUGAUUUUCCUCCAUUUAUGGUGCUGAUUUUGGCCAUUCUCAAUGAUGGUACCAUUAUGACAAUUUCUACUGAUCGCGUACGACCUUCUCCUCAUCCUGAUCAAUGGAAUUUGUUUGAAAUCUUCUCUUAUGCUAUUGUGUAUGGAUUAUAUCUGGCUCUUUCUACCAUCUCCUUUUUUGCUGUGCUUUACAAGACCGACUUUUUUCAAACCAAGUUUGGUGUCCAACCUUUCACCGAUGGUCCAAACAAUCCUGUCCUACAUUCGGUCAUCUAUCUUCAAGUCUCUACCAUUUCUCAAGGUCUUAUUUUUGUUACUCGGUCACAAGGUUGGUUCUUCACUGAACGACCUUCUGUGUUGUUGAUGUGUGCGUUUAUUGUUGCUCAACUGGUGGCUACUUUUAUUUCUGUUUAUGCCAAUUGGGGUUUCACAAAGAUUGCCGGUUGUGGAUGGACUUUGGGAGGUAUUGCGUGGAUUUGGAAUUUUGUAUGGUUCCUACCUCUUGAUUUUAUCAAGUUUGGUAUGCAACGUGUCUUCAAGCCCAAGUUGAUUGCUCCUUUGAGUGAUCAAGCAUCCGGUGGUCGCCGCUCUCGACGAUCAUCUAUGAUGUCCAAUUCUACUUCAGCUCGUUAUUAUGCUAACCGUACUCAAUCUCUCCGUGCUCUUGAACGUCCUCGCAAUUUUGGAAAACGUCUUUUGGGUUUGAACAAGAAAAUGUCCAUGGAUCCUCAUGAAAUGCGUCGAUUUUCAUCUGCUCAGACCAACCAUGCUUCUCAAAUUCUCAGUGGUAGUUCUCAGUAG